AUGGCCUGGACUCCUCUCCUCCUCCUGCUCCUCUCUCACUGCACAGGUUCCCUCUCCCAGCCUGUGCUGACCCAGCCGGCCUCCCUCUCAGCAUCUCCGGGAGCAUCAGCCAGACUCACCUGCACCUUGAGCAGUGGCAUCAAUGUUGGUAGUUACAGCAUAUACUGGUACCAGCAGAAGCCAGGGAGUCCUCCCCGGUACCUUCUGUACUACUACUCAGACUCAGAUAAGCACCAGGGCUCUGGAGUCCCCAGCCGCUUCUCUGGAUCCAAAGAUGCUUCAGCCAAUGCAGGGCUUUUACUGAUCUCUGGGCUGCAGUCUGAAGAUGAGGCUGACUAUUACUGUGCCAUAUGGCACAGCAGUGCUUCUCACAGUGACACACACACAUGGGGAAGUGGGACAAAAACCUCAGCCUGCUCUCACUCUUGUUCUGUGACAACUUUCAAAUUGAAAAAAUAA